UAUACAUUAGAGAUUUAAUUGUUUGUGAAAAAAGCUCUCGAUUUUUUCAACAACAAAUUAUUUGAGUGACAUGCACACACACGCGCAGACAGAGCGUGGAAAACUUGUUGCUUAUAUGAACGUCUCAAUUAAGCUACACGAUUUAGACGUUCGGAUAUUUAAUCUCCCUCUCUCGCUCUCUGUCUCUUGGCUGUUUUGCACUAAUUAUACGUACGUACAAUAUAGUACGGCUCUGGCGUGGUUAUUAUUCCCAAAGUUUCCCUCUUCGUUCGUUGAAAAGCGACGGCGAGAGAGACCGAUUUUCUCGGAUCUGAUUUACCAUCGCGCGCGCCGCCAGGUGAGCAUUAACGGCAGCAUCAGGACCGAUCGCGCCGACGAUGCUCUCGAGAUAGAUCCGAUUCAUUGUCCGUCGUUAUACAUGCUGCGCUCGUAUAGAAAACGAAAAGUAAGGAAAAAUCAUACAUACCACACAUGUAUAGAAUCGUGAUAAACGCGCGCAUACCUCAUGUACGAAACAUCGGUUGAAAUUUUUAUCUCUCUGUCUAUAAUACGAGUAUAUAAAAUAUCCGCGAGCAGACAGAGAAAGAGAGAGGGAGAAGCUGUGCACACGUGUAGCCGAGAAAAAUGAGCACUAGGGAAAACAGGAUCGGACGAUGUAAGGGUGAGCUGAUAUCUUGUAUCUUUUAAUAUACGAUAGAAAAUGCUACGCGUAAAGAGCGCCGAGCCCGAGAGCCGGUGCAUGUGUACCUUUUUUCGACGAGUCACGCGAUGCACAAUGAGGGUUCGAACGAUGUACACCUACUUGCCAGAACCUCCUCUCAGAUCAGGACAAAAAAGUAGCGAAGAAAACAGGACAGAGAAUGUGAAUUUACAAUGAAGAAUAAUCAUCGUCGAUAUAGUUGCGUAGAUAAAGUUUUUGCUGUAUCACGAACCACGCCAUCGUCGUCGUCGUUCACCUUUGUAUAUCAAAGUAACAAGGUGUAUCGAUGUGCGCAAAUCUCGUCAAGGUCACGAAAUUUUUGAAAUUCCACAGUCGAAUAUAUCUAUCGAAACUCGAAAUAGCGAAAUGUGCGCAAAAACGUCGUAGCUUAUACGAGGCUCGCGAAUCCUCGCGUGCGCACACACGCCAGAUGACAGCAUUGCAUCACCGCGCGCGAAAUAGUACAGAUCUAGAGAGAAGUGCGUCGUUCGGCGCAACAACACAAUCCAAAAAGCAUCUAAUGGACUCGAAGCGGUGCGCACAGGAGGGAGUGCAACACACGGGCAAAAAAAAAGUCGCUCGCACACAAGCUGCUGCUGCUGCUGGAGCUUACACAAGAGAUAUCGAGCGAGUCCGUGCGAGUAAAAAAAGUUCAUUGAUCCGCGUGUGUGCGCAAGGAAGAUCUUUCGCAUACGCGCGAUCUCGGCCUGCAGCGGCGGCAGCAGCAGCAGCGAAUGACGCGCGCGAUUGGCUCGAGCUCCACGUGCCGCUGCCUCCACCACCGGCUGAGAAACCGAUAUUUCUUUGGCGCUCGGCGAUGCCGGCCCGACACUUUGGCUCUGUAACGCGAAGCGAGAGCGUCUCUGUGGUAUACUCACGUUGUUGAUAUACACACACGUCCCAACGCAUAAAUACACACGUCUCUGCAUUGUACUUGUGCAUUUGACAACAGUCCUACUGUGUGACAAGUGCGUGAGAGAAAUAAUAAAAAGAGAGAGAGACCAAUAUUAUAUUUGCCAGUGAUAUUUUAUACUUUGCAACCGAGUGAUAAAUUUCUUGCGCCAGAUUCCGUUUGAGACUGGCUGCAAGCUGCCAUAUAAACAAUUUCGCUAGUUCUUUCAAUCGAGACUUUCGUCCGUAACGAAUUUUCACUCGACUCGAAUCGCGAGAUAUAAAACUUAAGCCGCAAUCAUGAAGGAUUUGAUGUCGAUAUGGAGCCGACUCUCCGGCAAGCACUAUGCCAUGGUCAGCCAGAAGUCAAGGAGGGAGCCGACGCAAGCCAGCCCGGACGAUCCACACCAGGAAGCCGCGCACACUCUCCGACGAAAAUCCUCCAUCGUCGUCAAUCGAUACUUCAGCAAUGCCAUACCCAUGCACUCGGACGGCCGACUCAGGUGGUCGAGAAGCAUCUUCGUGCUGAUGAGCUUGGGCUUGCUGGGACUGGUGAUCGGCUGCCUCGUGUUCGUCAUCCAGCCGUACGAGUUCAUCUUCAAGUGGAAGGCGACCUUCGGGCCGGGCGGCGAGAUCUACGAGAUCUGGCGCAAACCGAGCGUCGAUCUCUACGUGAAGAUAUACCUGUUCAACUGCACCAACGCCGAGGCCUACAUGGCGCGCAAAGAGGAUAAGCUGCGAUUCGUCGAGGUCGGCCCCUACGUCUAUCAAGAGUUCCUAGAGCACGGCAACGUGACGUUCAAUCCCAACGGCACCGUGUCCAGCAUACCCAAGCACCCGCUCAAGUUCGUGCCGGAGCUGAGCAACGGCACCGAAGAGGAUAUAGUCGUCAUGGCCAACAUCGCUUUAUUGAGCAUAGCCAACGUGAUGAAGGACUCGUCGUUCGUUCAACGCUGGGGCCUGAACAUGCUGAUCCGUCAGACCGACACCAAGCCCAUGGUGGCCAUGACCGCCAAGGAGUUCAUGUUCGGCUACGAGUCGACCCUCGUCACCAUCGGCAACAACGUCAUGCCCAGCUGGAUCAAGUUCGAUCGGCUCGGGCUGAUCGAUCGCAUGUACGACUUCGACGGCGACUACGAGACCGUCUACACGGGCGAGACCGAUGCCCGUUUGACCGGCACCAUCGACACGUAUCGCGGCAGCGAUCAGCUGCCCCAGUGGACCGGCAAGUGCGCCAACGUCCGCGGCGCCAGCGACGCCACCAAGUUCCAGAGCUUCAUCCAGCCCAACGACACGCUGCAGUUCUAUCGCAAGAGUCUGUGCCGCAGCGGCAAGCUCAUCAGGGUCGGUGAAAAAACCAUCAAGGGCCUGCAGGCCUACGAGUACAAGUUCGCCGAGCACGAGCUCGACAACGGCCUGUACAAUCCCGACAACAAGUGCUUCUGCAGGCAGGGCAACUGUCUGCCUUACGGCAUGAUCGACGUUACCGACUGCUAUUACGGCUUUCCCAUCGCUCUGACUUAUCCUCACUUCUAUCAAACCGACCCGUCGCUUUUGGCCGCCGUCGAGGGUCUCGAGCCCGUCAAGGAGAAGCACGAGUCCUUCAUCUACGUACAGCCGAGAUCUGGCCUGCCCGUUAAUUUGGCUUUCCGUUUCCAAAUCAACAUGGCUCUGCAGGACAUCAGCUCCAUCGAGAACGUCGACGGCUUCUCGAAUCUCGUCCUGCCUCUGCUCUGGUUCGAAAUCGCUAUGCACGAGCUUCCGGACAGCUUGAACAAUCGUUUCUACCUGUACUUAACUGCUCUGCCGGUGAUGCAAGACAUCGCCAUCUACUGUCUGUUCCUCGGCGGCGCCAUCUGCCUCAUCUGGAGCGUCCUCAAGAUCCUCCUCUACAAACCCAAGGCCGACACGGAGAUGACUAGCCAGUGGCUCGAGUCCGAGCUCCAGCGCAAACGUCUGAGCUUUUUGCACGAGCGCAGGACAUCUGUGAAAAUCAGCAAGGAGGCCGACUGCUUCUACAACAGUCUAUUGACCGAGGGCUCGCAGACGGAAAAGUCGCAGCAGCAGCAGCAGCAACAGCAGCAACAGCAACAGUUCCAGCAAGAGGAGCCGACGAUCAUCGACCCGGCACUGCUUCAGGAGCUCACGCGAUUACGCGAGGACAUCGUUUAAUGGCGCUCGAGCUUUCCGACAGAGCGUCGCGUUUGUUUAUUUUAAUAAUUUUUUUUCUUCUUCAAAUGCCCAAAGAAAAAAAGCCGAGUGUGUUUUUAUUCUUCGCCGCGCUUCGUGAUUUCACUACUGUUCUUUCGUUAGCGUAACGUUGUUUUACUUUAUAUAAUUUAAGCUCAUUACUUCGCCAUUUAAGAAUUCAUUUGUCUCUACUCGUAAUUUUCUCACACUUUUUUUAUGGUGCUUUUGGUUUGUAAUAACUUCACUCGGAGCAUCGAAGCAUCAAAGAGAAUAAUUAACAUUAUCGUUAAGAUUACUACGCGCGUUAUCGUUUGUCGCGAUUCAGCUUGACAAACGAUUCCAUCCGUCCAUUAUUAGAGUAAAAUCAUGUACAUAUAAGCAAAAAAAAAACAAUUACGAACAGAAGAAAUCCCAAAGAUUUCAUCUAAGUGUAAUAUUAUCAUCUUUCUUGUGCUUCAGUGAUCAGAUCGGUCUCAUAGCCGAUUGAUUGAUCGAUGGGCAGAAAAAAUCUUACUUUCCAUUUUUCCCUCUUGUCUCGUGUGUGCUAUUAAUUUGUUCGUUCAUCGUCGUUCGCGUUGUGAUUUAUUCGCUCUCUAUCAAUUUUUUGAUCGUUUUUUUUUUCUAUGACAAUUCCGCGGCCAAAAAAAGGAAAAAGAUAAAAGAGAAUCGCUAUACGCUAAACGUAAAUCGUAUACAUUUUUUGUGCACCAAAAGACAGUAGAUAAUUAUUUCACAAGCAGUUGUAUGAAUUUGAAAAUCUCAACUACUUUUAUGCAUUUUAAAAGUAACUUCGAUUAAUUUCCAAAUGAAUACUGUAAAUAUGUAAAUAUGCGUUAAAUAAUAGCUUGUUACUUCAGAUACCUGCAAUAAUUGCUGCUUUUAUUUUAUAAAUAGAAACUGCAAUGAGUUAAUGGGUCGCUCCAACAAUAUUGAUUAUUGGUGUAAAACGAGGUAUCUGAAAAAGCAUAAGUUUUAAUCUGUGCGACUCGAAAAGUCAACUUUGUACCUAUAUACAUUUAUGCAGAAAAAAAUUAUUUUUAUGUAAUAUUUUUAAAAUGGGGUCCAGUGAUUACAAUUAACUGUUUUACAAUAAGUAAUUAGUUUGUAGAUAGACUAAAUAUUGUAAAUAUAAACAGUUUACUAGUAGAAAGAUUGUUCGUUAUUUGUUCUUUUCUCUUUAUUUUUCUCUGUGAUUUUAUGAAGGAAUUAAUUAUUUUCGUUGUAUUUGAAUAAAAAAUGAAAAAGUAUUUAAAAAUAAUUAUGAAUGUUAUGAAUAUAUUAUUUCGCAAUAAUUCAACAAGAACAAUUAAUGAACAUUCAGUGGAAAAAUUAAGUUGAGCUCUCUAGAUUAAAACGAUUUUUGAUCAUUAUGUUGAAAUGUUUUAAAAGACUAGGGUUUAUCGAUAGCAUUUAAGUGGAUGACAGAUUGUUAUAUUUCGAUUAUGUUAUCAAAUUGUGAUUUUUCAUUCAUCGUGAUAAGCAAUUUUAUUCCAGCUUCGCAAAAGUUUUCUUAACCGUGCGAACACCAAAUUAUAUAGGGUGAACAGCUUUACAAAAAUGUUUUUUUUUCUAAAUAAUUUUACGAAUAGUAUUUAAUACUAUUCAAACUAGGAUAAAAAAUAAUCGAUUAUGUAACGCACCUACUAUUUUGUUUUAUGAUAAUCCUAUGAAUGCUCUCUUUCGAUUUAAUAAAUCGGAUAAUAAUCUCUUGAUAUUUUUUUAUGAUCAGUCUUGCCAGUUAUUGUGCCUUACGUAUACGAAUGUAAACCUUUGUCAUUAAAUAAAAAAUUUUUUAUAAUUAA